AUGAUGAUCUAUACGGCUCAUCUUCUUUGCCUUGGUCUGAUUCUUUUCCACUGUGCCGUCGGCGAGAACAAGGAGAGCUCGGAUGAUAAUAGAACUGGUAAUCGUCAGCCGGCUAUUGGUAACUCAGACCCAAAUUCAAAUCCGAAACCUGACGCUCCAAAAACCUUAGAAGAGCCACCGACAGUUGCUCCUACGAAUCCAACUGCUCCAUCGGUGCCAAGACUACCUAAAUUCACUGUUGGAUCAUUCUUUAUCGGAUUUUGUGUAGCAAUGCUGAUCUGUGGAAUAGUGUUCGCAAUGAUUCGAUUCUUCAUGCGGCGUCGAGCCGAAGCUCAACCGUACACCAUGUAUUAA